CAUGUUCUCUCUGUUUAUUCCACUUCCUGUUAACAAGUUCUAACUAAGCAUGGCAACUGCAAUGACCCCGGUUGGCCAAGAUCAACCGACCAAAGCAGAUCCUCCACCCGUCGUGUUUGAUUUGUCUCAGCCUCCGGUUAUCGAGGGAUUCACCCCGCUGCCCAGAGCGAAGGAGGAGAAUUUUAAAGACAAAUUCAUCAGAAAGACCAAAGAGAAUCCAUUCGUCCCUAUAGGUUGUUUGGGAACAGCAGGAGCAUUGAUCUACGGCCUCAGCGCCUUCAGACGGGGCAAAACUCGACAGUCGCAGCUGCUAAUGAGAGCCCGUAUCUUCGCUCAAGGCUUCACCGUCGUUGCUAUUAUAGUGGGUGUAGCCACCACAGCACUGAAGCCCAAGCAGUGAAGACGAGACAGCAGACCCUGUUUGACCACACUGACAAGCGCCUUAUACGGUCCAUGGGUGGAAUGUGAUGUGAACAUGGAAUGUACUGAACAUUAAAUGCCACUUGUUAGCAUUUUUAUUUUCUUUAGAUAAAGGCCCAGUGUAAGAACUCAUAUUAUAGAUCGUCUGUUGGCAGAUGGCACUAUUAGCAAACUUUAUCAAUAUGCCACACAUUUAAAGGAAAACAAUCUGUCAUCAUUUACUCACUCUCAAGUUGUUCCAAACCUGUACGAGUUUCUUUCUUCUGUUAAGCACAAAAGAUGAUAUUUUGAAGAAUGUUGGUAACCAAACAGUUGACGAUUGCCAUCGACUUCUAUAGUAUAGAAAACAAAUGGAAGUCAUUGGCUACCGUCAACUGCUUGGCUACACACAUUCUUCAGUAUAUCAUCUUUAGUGCUUAACAGAAGAAAGAAACUCAGACAAGUUUGGCACAACUUGAGAGUGAGUAAAUGAUUAUUUUCAUUUUUUGGGUGAACUACCCACUAUUUAAUUUAAAGAGUCACAACAUUGCCUGGUUGCAGGCAUAGUACCUGUUUUUCCAUGUUGAUGACCUUUGCUUGAAACAUUGCAUUGCUUUUUUUUUUUUGUACCUCAAUUUUCUGUAUGUAUUUAGAUGGACUACUAAAGGUGCUGCGUAUUGUAUGCAAAGAAAAUGGGAAUUCUUGAUAUUAACUUAAAUCUCCAAGUGUUAUAAAUGUUAGUCUCAUUUUGAAAGUCACAAUAAAUAUUGUCUGAAUGCA